AUGUCAUUUCAAGAAACAUAUACAAUUACAUUUGGAGAUGUUGCAGAGAAUCAUGUUAACAUGGAGAAGUUAGGUGUGAUGUCAUCAGAGGGUUUCACAUUGGCUGAUUUAAAUAGAUUUAAAGAGUUCUUUGAAAAGAAAGGAUUGACUACAAAGCUAAUUGAUUUUAGAGAUUUAAUUGUAAAGAAAAAGAAAAAAGAAGAAGUUCAAGAUGAUGAAGAAGAGAAUGAAGAUGAUGGUGAAGAAGAAGAUGAAGAAGAAGUAGAUGAAAAUGAAUCAUCAAAGAAGAGAAAAUCAACAAAAGAUAGUUCUGGAAAGAGUAGUAAAUCAAAUAAAAAAGUAAAAGUAAAUAGUAAUUAUAAUAAUAAUAAUAGUAGUAGUAGUAAAGAUAAAAGUAAGAGUAAAAGUAAGAAUAAGAGUAAGAGUAAGAAGGAAAAUGAUGAUGAUGAUGAUAAUGAAGAUAUUAAAUAUAAUGAAGCAUAUUUAUUGAUUAUUAGAAAUGGAUUAUCAGCAAUUUGUGAUGUAAAUGAAUUUCAUAAAGAACAAUCAAACUUGGAGAAGGAUAAGAAAGCAUUUAUGUAUGGAAGAGUCGUUAAUAAGACUGCAAGACAUAAUCUUUGUUUCUCAGAUGCACCUUCUCGUGAACCAAACUAUGAGAAAGGAAUGGGUAGAUUAAUAUCAUUCAAUGACUGUCCGUUGUUAAACAAGACAAGACAAACAUUUAAAUCAAUAUUUGAUGUUGAUAAUAAAGAUAAUGAUAAAGAUAAUGAUAGUGAUAAUGAUAGUGAUAAUGAUAGUGAUAAUGAUGUUAAUAAUAAUAAUAAUAAUGAGAAAAAGGCGAUAAAUAAAUGUGAUAAUCUUGUUGCAGAAGGUAAUUAUUAUUAUAAUAGUAGUAUUACUGGUAUUGGUUGGCAUGGUGACGCUGAGAGAUCCAAAGUGAUUGCAAUUAGAACUGGCAAAUCAAUGAGAAUCUGUUUCAAUUGGUUUAUUAACUCUAAGAGUAUUGGUAAUAAAUUUGAAGAGAUGCUUAAUCAUGGUGAUAUCUAUGUGAUGUCAGAGUUUGCAGUUGGUAAUAAUUGGAAGAAAAAGAAGAUACCAACUCUUCGUCAUUCUGCUGGUGCUUAUAAAUUUACUAAAUUAUAA